AUGGGUUCAUCAUUGAAAAAACUUUCAUCUUAUUUUUCUGCGUUCGACGAGACACGCAUACUCAUGUUUGGUCUUGAUGCAGCUGGAAAAACAACUAUACUUUAUGCAUCAAAACUCGGCGAAGUCAUAUCAACAAUACCAACAAUUGGUAUGAAUGUUGAAACAGUAAAACAUGGAAAUAUAAAUAUCACAGUUUGGGAUGUUGGUGGACGCGAUAAAAUUCGAGCUUUGUGGCGUCAUUUUUAUGAAAAGACGUCAGCAAUUGUUUUUAUUAUCGAUUCAAAUGAUCGCGAUAGAAUAGACGAAGCAUGCCAUGAAUUACAUAAGAUGGCAAAUGAAGAGUUAUUAAAAAAUUUGCCUAUUCUCAUCUUUGCUAAUAAACAAGAUUUACCAAAUAUUUUAACACUUGAUGAAAUCAAAGAAAAACUUAAUUUAUCAAAAUUAAAUGAAAUGAAAACAAAAUGGCAUUUACAACCUUCAGUAGCUUUACUAAACCAAGGUAUUGAUGAAGGUUUUCAAUGGUUAGCAACCACAAUGCAAUCAAAAAAUUAUCUUAAACAACCAAUCAUUGAAACAAUAAAUGAUUCGAAAAUAGUUAAAGAUGAUCUUUCAUCUGCAUGGAAUUUAGUUAAUAUUAAAACAUUAUUAAGCAAAUUCCUUUAA